UUUGCAGUCGUCAAAUAAAACCUCAAUUGCAUGUUUAACCACCAUGGCCAACGCUAGAUCUUCUCAGUUUGCUCCCUACGAGAGCACAGAAAUCAUCAGCUUGCAAUUCUCGAAUUCUACUGACCCUGCGUUACUCUCGGAUGAGAAUACCGAGGUCGGCAAGAUAUGGGCAGCGACGCUAAAGACGUAUCUCGACCAUCCAGAAACGGGCAUCGUCUGGUGGGGGAUUGUGCAUGACGCCCCGAACAAAGCUAAGCUGUUUAUUGAUUGGAAGAGUUUAGCUGGUCGGAGUCAAUUCGAAGCUAGCCAACAAGCAACAGAGCUCGCCAGCGCCUGGAAAUCCAUCACUGUAGCGCCAGCCACUAGAGACACAUACACCUUCACCUCUAGCGAUGUCGCUAGACAAACGGCUUUAUCCAGCACCUACGACACAGUCACAGCUCUCUUGAAUUUCCGAUUCGCCAAUGCGCUCACUUCCAGCGAAUUUCAGCAAUUGGACGCCGUACUCCAGGAACUAGAUCGCACCAUCAUGCUAAGCCCAGGUGCCGUCGUCGCCAGCUACUCAAUUGGAGGAUGGAGCUCAGACCGCAGAUCAUACUGCGCGGCAUACCGCUAUCUAAAUGCUGAUGCUCUGAGGAAUUUUAUCCAGGGCGACAACAGAGUUAGAGAGUUAUUGCAAGUAUUGCAGUCUCGCGCUUCAGGCGGUAUGGAACUUGAGUUUCUGGAAACACGAGUCUACAAGCAAGGCUGGCAAGGGUCUGUUACCAAGACAGAGCCUGAUAACCAGACUUUAUCGGGGUUUAUGGCCGAGACGCAGGCUUUGUUUCAAAGUUUUGACUCGGUUGGGAUCCGAGGAAUAUAGUGGCCCUCGAACAAGGCUGGUUUUGUGCAUUGCGAGGAAAUUCGGCACGGCUCCGGACUCGGAGGAUCGCUCCGAUUAUUGAUAAGUCGCAUGUCAGUUGAAGAGGGACGGACCACAGCGGCCGUAAUAAAUAUUCUAGAAAUAAAGAUUGCAAUUGAGCACUGCG